CUGAGAGGCUCGUAUAUAAGGAAGUGAAUCCCCUUCACAACAGCAGAGUGUUUGCUGCUGCCUGAGAACAGUCGCUUAGACAGAGAAAACAUGAAAAUCUUUGUGGCAUUAGCGUGCUUACUGGCAGGCUGCCUGGCCCAGAGGCCUCACCCGUGCGAAAGUCCUCCUCUGCUCAGCGGGGCGCUCACUGCGUCCACGCAGAAUGAAAAGCUGUGGGUCUAUGCCAAAUACCUGUACGAUGCACUGGGACAACGGAUGAGGCUCUUUGAGUUCGGCAACCUGGAUAAUCAGACUUUCACCUACGAUUUUCUUCUGCUCUACAAAGAGCAUGUCAUGUAUGAGAUCAACCACCACAAUCGUACCUGCAAGAAAAUCCCUCUGAAGGUGGACUUUCAGCCUCUGGGCAUUUCAAAAGACGCCUCUCUGCUGGGCCAGGUGAUCGUCGGCAGCUCGUCUGGACCCGGACAAGGACUCCUGGUCAACACCUGGAUAGGAGAUCUGCCCAACAAAGAAGGAAAGUACAUGAGCACAGUGACUGAAUUUGGAUGCAUUCCUGUUUCUGUUGCAUUUCAAACAAAACAAUAUGGAUGGAUGGUCUUCAGCUACUUCAACAACAUCAUCGGGAUUUCUGACCCCGGUCUGCUCAACCCUCCAUCCUUCUGCCCGGGUGCAGACGCUUCAACAGACGAGGAGCCCAUUGGCUUCUUUAGUUUGUUCCAUCGGAAGAAUUGAGGGCCUCCUUUAAACCAAUAUGUCCAACUCUUCAACAUGUGGAACAAGUCAAACUGAGCCUCUAAACCCAGCACUGUAAUUCACUAUACAUAAAAUCUAAAAUGUUCGAUGUCUAGCUAUAGUUUAGAUUCCCUAACAAAAUGUGAUUAAUGUCACAUUAUUAAUGAAUAUUUGUUUACUUCUCCAGGAUUGAUUGAACUUAAAGAUGGACAUAUAAUGUUUACGUAUUGAGUUCGGGGGCGUAGUGUCCCUGAAUGCAUCAUUUCCUUUUUCUCAAGUAACAAAAACUAACUCUGCGCUUGAUAUUCCUUCAGCUCUCUUUCAGGGACAAACAAUAAAGCUGUCAAACAGUACAUGCUCAAUGCUGAAUUUAAAAAUGUAUGUCUACUUUUUAACUAUCCCAUGUGACAGCACAUCCAUGACUGAACCUCCUUUGCUUCUUAAUUAAAAGGUUAAUUAUCUAAACUUCAAAUUUCAAAGAAUGUACUGUGAACUUGUUAAUUUUAUCAAUGAAAAUAAUAAAAAUACAACUCAAAUAUUUUAA